AUGUCUGUUGCUAUGCAAGACGGCCAGACCGGCUCGCAACCACGGCCCAGGGCACUCUUUCUCCAGCCGCGAGCUUUGCAAUGGUUCGAGGAUGGAAAGCAAGGCGUACAAACACGAAGCAGCCAGGAAAGGCAAGCAGGUCGGUUCGAACUCUUCCUUGACUUGCUUUAUGUUGCCAUAUUAGCAAACUUCGCCGAAGGUCUCGCAGAUCAUACGAAUGGAGAUCAGCUCGUUAAAUACAUCCUCAUAUUUGUCCCAGCAUGGCACGUCUGGAGCGAUCUUCGUGAGAUCAUGAAUUCUUUUUACAACGAUGAUCUGGCCCAGCGACUACUAAUUCUCUGGAUUAUGGCUCUCCUCGUCAUGUAUGGGAACAAUGCAAGGAUCGUGGACGAAGAUAUCGGUGCCAUGCGUUCAACGGUUGCAUCUUACCUCGCCGCUCGCGUGUCGGGCAUGAUCGCACACCUAGUUUACUCCUUCUCGAGCUAUCAUCACCGUAGGCAACAAAGACUCUGGGUGCUGUUGAGUCUUUUCACUCUGUGCUUAUUCAUUCCCCUUUUUGUGGAGGAUUUGAACUUGAGAAGCAAAGCUGCAGUAGCCUGGGUAGCGAUCAUUGCUGAGGAAUGCGCCUGGUUUUUCUCCUACAGCCCCGUUGCAAAGCGCCUUCUGAAGGCAAAAUAUACCACGGCAGUUGAUGUGCCACACGAAGUAGACCGAUUCGCGGCAUUCUUCAUUAUAGUUCUUGGUGAAUUCUUGUAUCGUAUUAUUGUCGGAUCGCCCGCAGUAAUUGGUUUCAAUUUGGGACUUCUGAGAGCCAUCUGGACUCUUGUUAUCGCCUUUUCGCUUAACUGGAUGUAUGUUCACGGUUCAGGAUCGCUCGUGCAGAUCCACCCCCUCAAGCACAGCGUCACGCAUGCCUAUGCUUGGGUUUUCCUACAUUUACCUCUUGUUGCUAGUCUACUCGCUGGGGGACACGCAGCUGCCAACACUGCUGUCUAUUCUGAAGAGUAUCCACGAGAGGAAAUAUGGCUUUUAUGUGGUGGUCUUGGCUGUGGUGUCAUCAUGCUAUGGCUAAUUGCGAGCUUGGGUGAAUGUGGCGAUGCUCCCGGUGUAUUAAUCUUGCCAAAGCAUUCGCGUCUCGCCUUGCGCCCCAUCAUCGGAAUCAUAAUCUGUUGUCUCCCACUCGCGGAUGAUCAUUUAGGCAUUACGUCUAUCACCUCCAUAAUCAUGGCUCUCUUUGCGCUGACGGUCUUGUAUGAAAAUAUCACAUCUUUGCAGCGAGGUGCUAAGUUCUGGGAGAAAUGGGAGGGAACAGACUAUCCCAAGCCCUCUGAUACCAUUGAUCAGAGCAUCGAGGCUACGAAGUCUGGGCGUCGAGAUAAUGACGAGAAUGCUUGAAUAUUAUCACAUAUUCCAUGCGAUUGCUUGAAUUAUAUUUGACGAGAGUAUUGUCCAUGAGGAUGAGACUGAACAACUUCCUUUCGAUUUAAAAACCUAAUUACUCCACUUGUCACGGAACUACUUGGAUACGUGCAGCCGAUAUCCCUUCUAUGACGUAGCGAGUUGGGAGAAGAUAUCUAAUUCAGAAAUGAGUACUCAGCUAUAAAUGCCAUUGACGUA